UUCCUGCAGGGACAUUCUUAAAGGCCUUGCCACAGAGCUCAGGAGACCACUGCAGCAGCUUUCUCCCAAGCCAUCUGCAACUCCUACAAUGAAUGUUAGUCCAAUGGGGCCACUGGACACUUCAACACCCCGUCCUGGAUCUGGAAGGCGUGUUUCAACUCGAAAGAGUGUGUUUUCAAAUACCUGCAUGGUUGCACGGGAAGGGCCACUGAACAGCACUGGCAUAGGGAGUUCCAUCAAGCCGUGUGCUCGACCGUGCUUCGAUGUCACGAUUACAACCCUUCCUUCAGAUGAUUCCAAGCCUGAAAGUUUACCAUCAUCCAGUGAGAAAGCCAAAGAA